AUUACACAAAUCACUACACAACUUGGCUGCUGCUUUUGAUUAGAAUUCUCGAGUUAUAUUGCCUUCCCUGCAGCCAAGUGUAAUAAAGUGCAAUACAUACAUUUUUGCAACUCAAUUAUUAUUUGCACUUGCUAAACAACAGUUUGAAUAACAAAGAUGGAUCAAAACAUUCCUAUACUACAACAACCACAGAUUACGCCAGAACGCAAUCGGCAAUGUAAUCAUUGUCACGCUGCCAAUAAUAAUCAGGACAGGCCUCUACCUCCUGCACCACAGCCAAAUUUCAUGGCAGCUAAUGAGCCACAAGCAGGGCCU